UAUCACCUGCGCCUCAUUUUAAAAUUAUUUUGGUACAACCCAAAACCCACUUCGUAUGGUUGUUAUUAAAUACUGUGAAAACAGAGUUACCUUUCUGUUUUUCUGUCUUCUCUGCUUGCUCUGUUCCACUUUGGACCAUCUCAUCAUUUUCAGGUUAAGUCGCGUUUACUUGGGAUUUGAACGGUGUCUAUAUCCAUGUAUUUGGGUCAUUUCACAGCAGAAGUCACAAGUCUUUCUCCCAAAGCUACAGAGAAAGAUGUCUCUGAAUUUUUCUCUCACUGUGGUGAAAUUGAACAAGUGGAGAUCAUCAGAUUGAGUGAAUAUGCUUCUAUAGCCUAUGUUACAUUCAAGGAUACUUAUGCACUGGAAACCGCACUUUUACUCAGUGGAUCCACUAUGUUAGAUCAAUGUGUUCGUAUAUCUCGCUUGGAAGCACAUGUAGAUGAAUACGAUCCUUGGAGUAACCAUAUAGAUAUGGUGGAGAAUGGAAGCAGCUCAGCGACGUUCUCCCAUACAAAUCAGUUUGUUUCAACUCCUGGAGAAGCUGUGACCAUGGCACAACAGGUAGUUGAAACCAUGAUAGUGAAGGGAUAUCAACUAAGUAAGGAUGCUCUAGCGAAAGCCAAAGCUUUUGAUGAGUCUCAUCACGUGGCAUCUACUGCAGCAGCAAAGGUGGCAGAUCUCAGCAAGAGAGUUGGGCUUACUGAUAAAAUUCAAUCUGGCAUGGAGACUGUAAAAUGUGUGGAUGAGAAGUACCAUCUUUCUGAGCUUACCAUGUCCGCUGCCUCUUAUACAGGGAAAACAGCGGUAGCUGCUGCAAAUGCUGUGGUUAGCAGUAGUUACUUCUCCAAGGGAGCUCUUUGGGUUUCAGAUGUUUUGAAUCGGGCUGCCAAGGUUGCUGCUGACUUGGGUAAUAAUAGUGUCAAAAAAGAAACAGUUCCCAUGGAAAUGGACCAAAUUGGUAAAUAUGGCUGACUCAAUGUUUGCCCACAUGGAAUUGUCCAAAGGUGUAAGCUUUUCAUGGAAUCAAAAAAUGUGAAUAUGAACAAUUUUAGCUAGUUAAAGCAGUUUGGGGUGUUGAAAUGGAAGUGCCGUGUUACCUAAUUCAUACUCAUGGUAACAUGUUGAUAUCCAGCAGUCAUUACCGUGCUUUAAUCAGUUUGAUUUCUUUUACUCGUGGGAGUUCAAUGUAGGUAAUACUCUUGAUUGGAUUACAAGUUGAUCAAACGUCAUGUUUUUCAGUGA